AGAGAUUUCGAGCCAUUUGUAUGUACGUGCUCGGUUAGCAUCCGCAUAAGCUUGAGAGGUCUAUAACCCCUAAAACGAGAGCAUUAAAUGGCAAAGCUAGGGAAGAUCGGCUUCUAAGAGAACUUCGCAGGGACAAGAGCAAGCUCGAGCUUCAGUGUGAGUGCUAGCUCCAGAUCCUCAGCCGUGUUAUCAUCUCCGCCACCCCCAAAUCCCUCCCGCCGGUAGGAUGCUGGCGAGGCACCUUGACUCAUUCUGUUCCCCCAUUCGGGCGCUCUGCUUUUACGCCCAUCCUGAUGUUUAGGAGUUUCAACGUCACCGCGAGGGUCUUCGAGCGCCAAAUCGUCCAGCCCCGUCCUAGCGCCAGUGUUAAUUCUGUUCGUCAGUUUUAUGAGAAUUUUGUCCCAAGUUUUACCAUCCAUGACAUUGAUUGUCCGGAUAAUUCAUUCCGCAAAUUUACUGAUGAUGGGAAGUAUUUAAUAAGUUUCAGCAGAAAUCAUCAGGAAUUGAUAGUUUACAGGCCUACGUGGGUGUCCUUCUCAUAUAAAGGCGAGGAUUGUGAUUCUGAUGCUCUGUCACAUAGAGCAAAGAGGUUUGACAGCUUCUUCAGCCAACUGUACACUGUACCACUUGCAACAAAUAAUGAGUUUAUUUGCAAAGAUUUCUUUCUUUAUCUGGAGGGUUUGGAAGUUGGCUUAUUUGCCACCUCAACGGCACCAACUCAUGAAGUUCCUGCUACUGAGGGCGCGGUCAAUGGAGUUCCAUGUAUAGAAAGAAUUGUAUUUCAUCUUGUGAGGUUAGAAGAUGGUUUUGUAUUGGAUGAGAAGGUCUUCUGCAAUGACUUCAUCAAUUUAACCCACAGCAUGGGUGUUUUCUUGCAUGAGGAUCUGUUGUGUAUUAUGUCACUGCGUUACCAGGCAAUACACAUUGUGCAGAUUAGGGAUUCUGGAAACCUUGUAGAUGUAAGGAUGGUAGGCACAUUUUGCAAUGAAGAUGAUGAAUUAUUUCUUUCUUCACAUGGUCAGGUAACGGAGGGACAAAUUUUCCUAAGUGGUAUCAAGCAGAGGUUGCUUUCUUAUAUUUUUAGGAAGCAUUGGAGUGAGGAAACAGAUCAAGCAUUGAGGAUUCAACUUCUAAAGAAAAAGUUCUAUUUUCAUUUUCAAGAUUAUAUUGAUCUAAUUAUGUGGAAGGUGCAGUUUUUGGAUCGCCAUCAUCUCUUAAUCAAGUUUGGUAGUGUAGAUGGAGUGGUUUCUCGUACAACUGACCAACAUCCGUCUUUUUUUGCUGUGUACAACAUUGAAACAACUGAGAUUAUAUCAUUCUUUCAGAAUUCUGCAGAGGAACUCUACUAUUUAUUCGAGCAGUUUUAUGAUCAUUUUAAUGCAUCUUCAAGAACUUCGUUGCAUGCAAAUUUCAUCUCUUCUCACUCAAAUAGUAUCUAUGCUCUUGAUCAAGUGUGCAUCUUAAAAAAUAAAGCAAGUAGCCUUUUACAGUUCGUGAAGAAGAUGUUGACUUCAUUGCCUUGCACAUGCCAGUCCCAAAGCCCUUCACCAUAUUUUGAUCUCUCACUAUUUCGGUAUGACGAGAAGCUAAUUUCUGCAACUGAUCGGCAUAGACACUCGACUGAGCAUCCUAUUAAAUUUAUUUCAAGGAGGCAGCCUCACAUCCUCAAAUUUAAGAUUAAGCCAGGUUCAGAAGCUAGCGGUGCAGGCCAAAGAGAAUAUCAUCAUUUUUAUUUCAUCCUCAUCUACCGCUUGCUAUUUCCAUUCAGCAGACGUACAUGCAGCCAACUGUUGUGA